UUCGGGUGGUGCUGGUUGGGAAUACGGUCAGUUCUCUGUUUAUUGCUUUUAUGUUAAAUGAUUCAAUGUUUAGCGUUCGUUUUUCAGUACUUUUGUGUGCAGUCAAUUCUGCAGCUCCAAAGACCCCCCCCGUCCCCGUGUCCCCCUCCGGGUAAGGACGGGGUGGCACAAACCGCCGUGUCACAGGACUGCAACCACCAGCCCCGUUCCUUCGCCCAACAGGGGACCAACAGCAGGAUCCCCAACAGCGGAAACGUCAGCUCCCCUGUGCCCCGUGUAUGGCUGUGAGAAGGAUGGAGUAGAACAUGCACAAGGCUUAUGAUUGCCAUGACACAGGGUUGACAUAUUCAUAAAUCCCUUUCCCUUUUUCCUCUCCCUUGUCCUCUCCCUUUUCCUUUUCCUUUCCUUCCGCAAGAGAAGACGGCUGUACUCUGAGGGCAGGCGGGGGCAGGACAAGGGUCAGGAGCAAGGGCAGAACGGUUUCUUUGUUGCUCCAUGGAAGGAAGGGCUGUGUUUAUUGCAGGCGGAUUUGCCCUGGUGUUUCUUACAAGGACUGAGGGUGGGAUGAGACGUGCCCUGCAGUGGGCGUGCUUGCCAGUAGGCAAAGGAGACAUGCAAAUGAUGCCAGUCAGUCUCUGCGCUGUACUGGGGACCCCGCCUGCGAGCAGAGCGACGUGAGAGCCCCACUGCCUUCUGCCUGUGAGCUGAACGGAAGGAUUCCUGGGCUGAGAUGAACCUACAUCUCUGCAGCUCCUGACCUCUUGGAUUUGGUGAUCUGGUGCAGGGAAGCUUUUGGCCAUGAUUUAUCAUCGCCGUAGCUAACCUGCGUGGGAAAAGUUGACGUUAGAUCUUGCAUCCAAGCUUUGAGCACAGCUUUGACUUGCCAGUGCUUUCCAUUGCCUCCACUUGUCUGGUGCCUCCCUGAAAAGUAUGCCUGGUCUGGAAAUCUGUUCUUAUGUCCUAGCUUUUGUGCAGUAAAGGAGCUUUUGAAACGUUGCUUCUUGCAGCCGUUCAGUGUUUCAGGAGAGAGAAAAACACGGCUGGCAGAGGCUGGAUUUCUGCUGUUAGUGAAGCUGAGCUUCAAUUCUGAACUGACUCUUACACUGGGAACGUGAGCAAAGCCUGCAGACACAGAGGAUUAGCUUUUCCCUGCAGGCCGAGCACGUCAGAGGCAGGGCAUCGCUGGGAGAGCUCGUGCUUUACAGCAUCAGGCUGUACAGAGAAAGUAAUUCUUAAAGCAAGCUUGCCAGUUCUUUUUGAGCUGAGCGGUUGUUGAGCAAGGAAAGAUUGGAGAUGCUGUUUGCUCAUGGAAGGCGGAGAGGCAAAAAGCAAGGAAAGGGUGUGCUGUGCACGGCCAGCUCAUCGCACCUGCACCGCUCCCCUGCUCCAAGGAGGAGCAGCUCAGCGAGCUGCUGGGCCACUGAAGGGAACACAGCAACAUCUGGAGCAACCCCUCCAUUCCCGCCCCUCCGCACGCCUCGCCACUUUCCUGCUUUUCAUGCCAGGGUGGGGCGGAGUGGCUUUCAGCUGAGCCCGGUCACGGCGCCGGCGGAACCGCCGUACCCAGCACUGGGCCGUGUGGGCGGCUGGCGGUGGUGCUGGGAUGGAUGGGCUGCUCUGCACUGCAGAAGGAAAGCAGCAGCCCAUCCGACUCCGUGUGGCUUCCAUUUAGACUGCAAUAAAGGAAAUAUCUCACCGUAGCUCUGCGAGCCAGUUGAGUCAAAAGAAGCUCAGCACCUCAGCUUCCUGGAGCGUGGCAUCUCAUUUAAAAUAAUGGGGUUUGAAAGCUGAACAGAGUCUAGUCCAACAAGCUUAUUCUCUUAGGGCGUGGUGAAGCUGAGGAAACCAACUCAGGAAUGGGACACGGCACGUGUUGUGUCAAGUAGGCGAUGCCUUUAUUACAGCCAGGUGCGUGGGAUCGCUCCACCAACACGCACAGCCAGAGAAGCAGGGACUGCAGAUUUAUAGGCGUAGCAUGUACGUAUCCAUCACAUUCCAAGGACAUGGGGAGAAGUUCCAAGAAAUAAUUCAAAUCUCUGGUGGUCAUGAGAUGAAGGCUAAUAAUCAUCCUCGCUGACAAUUUCCAACCUUUUAAGGGGGCCUGCACAAACCGGCUCCCACUGAUGUUACGUCAUGCUGAAGCAUCCAUUUUGCCAUCUUGUCUCCAACAAGAGGACGUCAAUUCUAAACUGAUUCCAGAAAUUCCAUCGGAGGGAGCAGAUGUUCCGGCAGACAGAACAAACUGUGAUCUUCAAGGACCCUUGCGGCACAAACCGUUCUACAGUUCAAUGAUCACUAAGGAACAUCCCAACCCAUGCCAUCCUGUGCCUCUCUGAUCUUCCAGGACCCUUCCAACACAAACCAAUCUACGGUUCUUUGAUCAACAAGCAACUCCCAACGCUGGCCAUCCCAACCAAGCCAUCCUGUGGUUCUUAAUGAUCUUCCAGGACCCUUCCAACACAAACCAUCCUAUGGUUCUAUGAUCUUCCAGGACUUCCCCAACGCAUCCAUGCUGUGGUUCUUAAUGAUCUCCAAGGACCCUCCUGUGCUGGUGAUGUCACAAUGCCGUGCUGAGCUCACAGAGGCCCCGGGGCGGGGCGGGGGCAGUGGGUCAGCGCUCACCCUGCCGGCCCCAUUCUGCGGGUGUGCAGGUCUGCGAGCAGCUGUGCGAGCGGUGCAGCCAUGCGGGCCCAGUUUGCCAGCGGAAAUUUAACAGCGCUGCAGCGCGUGAAGCUGCUGCAGGAGCUGAUGGAGGCUCAUGAGCGGGUUGUGGAGAACCACAGAGCCGCGGCCAGGGAACUCCUGAUGAAGGAGUGCCGGAAAGCACGAGACGAAAGAGAGGCUGCUAGGCGAGAGCAGCUGGAGCAGGAGAAGCAGCUCAUCGCCCAGCUGGAAAAGCAGCUGCAGGCCGAGAGCGAGGAGAUUGAGGUGCUGCGCCAGGAGAAACAGCGCCUGCAAGAGGAGCUGGAGGAGCUGGAGGUGGAGAGUGUCUGGCAGCGGCAUCAGCUGGAGUUGGAGGCAGCCCCCGUGCCUGGGGCUGUGCUGCCGGAGCUGGUGAAGGCACAGCUGGAGAAGGAGGAGCGGGCGAGGAGACGAGGGCUCGCCUUCUGGAUGCAGACGAUCUGCCUCAUCCUGGUCUGCCUCCAGCUGCUCCUCGUUGUUGUGCUGGGCUCUGCAGUGCUGUACGCCCAGCACUUCGACCAGGAGCUCUUCUAUCGGCUCCUGCCUCGAGUGCUGCCCCGGGCAACGUACGCUUCCCUGGCGUACUUUGCGAGCAGCACCCUGCGUGUGGUCUGUGAUGGGCUGCUGCCCAUCUGACCGCCGGGCUCGGUAGCCCCUCCCAGCUCGGGGCUGCGCGGUGGGGCGCGGGGAGAGGGCUCUGUCCCCAUGGAAGGGGCCUCCCCUGUGCUCCUGCCCCCCGGGGCGCACAGGCACAGCUGUGGGGCAGUGCUGACAGGCGCCCGAGUGCCACCGCUUUGGACUUCUCAGUGAAUUUCUACCGUCGUCGUGAGCCGCCGUCGGCUGAACACCACCUCCUCCGACGACCCAGCACACUGGAGGUCCGCACCUGACACCAGGACGUGGCUGGAUCUACGAGCGCUUUGCUGCCUGUCCCUCUUUCCCCAUUUUCUGCUUUUUGUCAUCUGGUGUUCUUUGGCUCUUUGUCACAGCCAUUGCCUACAGUUGUUACAUCUGAUGUUAUUCAUUGCAAUCAGCCCAUUGGCCAAUGUUACCACCAAUUGGCUGUUGCUGGCUGUUAAGAAAGCUCUCAAUAAAUGGUCAUCUAUUA